CUGCUCACAACAGAGGAAGGAAAAGAUGGAGUACAAGAUGGGGCGCGUCCUGCUGUCUCUUCUUUUCUGGUACAAAGCUGUGAUGGCCCUCUCCCCAGGAGAGGAUGAGAGACUGGAGCUGUGGCACAGCAAGGCUUGCAAAUGCGAUUGCCAGGGAGGCCCUAACUCGGUGUGGUCCAGCGGGACUAAUGGCUUAGAGUGCAUGCCAGAGUGUCCCUACCACAAGCCCCUGGGCUUUGAGUCUGGUGCCGUCACCCCAGACCAGAUCAGCUGCUCCAACCCUGAGCAGUACACGGGCUGGUACUCCUCCUGGACAGCCAACAAGGCCCGCCUCAACGGCCAAGGCUUCGGGUGUGCGUGGCUCUCCAAGUACCAGGACACUGCACAGUGGCUGCAGAUCGACCUGAAGGAGGUGAAGGUGAUUUCGGGGAUCCUCACACAAGGGCGCUGUGACGCUGACGAGUGGAUGACCAAGUACAGCGUGCAGUACCGCACCGACGAAAACCUCAACUGGGUGUACUACAAGGACCAGACCGGCAACAACCGGGUUUUCUAUGGCAACUCCGACCGCUCGUCCUCGGUGCAGAACCUGCUGCGGCCGCCCAUCGUGGCGCGCUUCAUCCGCCUGAUCCCGCUGGGCUGGCACGUGCGCAUCGCCAUCCGCAUGGAGCUCCUCGAGUGCCUGGGCAAGUGCGGCUGAGCGCUGUGCCCGGAGGGCUCGUGGGUGUCUGCCUGCCCCGCCGCCUCUCCC